AUGGUGGAUCACUUGCUGCCUACUGAUGAAUCCUUUUCAUCUACAAGAUCUUCUCUCGGAUACUUUGGGGACAUGACAGCAGGGGUGAGGUCCUACCAAAUGCUGCCCUCUCCCCUGUCGGAAGAUGACAGCGACUCGUCCAGCUUUUGUUCUUGUUCCAGCCCUGACUCCCAGGUUCUCAGCUCCAGCUAUGGAAGCACGUCCAGUGCAGAAAGUCAGGACAGUAUCUUAGACUACUUGUUGUCCCAGGCAUCUUUGGGGAACACCGCUGCAUCAUGGUGGGACAAAAGGAGACUUCAGCCGAUGGUGAAAGAGGAGUACUUUAGGUUGCCUGAAUUUGCCGUGGAUAUGGAAGACUCAGGACCAUUUCAGCCCACGCUUGAGGAAAUUGAGGAAUUUCUGGAGGAGAACAUGGAGUUGGAGCUCAAAGAAAGACCUAAAAGUGAGACCAAGGACUUGAGAGCUUGCAGCCAAGUUUCUGUUGCUUCGCUACAGCAAAAAGACCAUAUGUUACCCAGCGCUAGUUUAAAAGAGAGUAAAAAUGAACAGUUGAGCAGCUCAACGGAAGGUGGCCAGGCUUCAAAUGGAGGAAUGUCCCUGGAGAAUGGGAUACCGGUUAUGCUCCAAAUUCAGCCUGUACAGAUCAAACAGGAGUCCAACACGAGCCCCAGUUCCCAAGGACCAGCACAAGAGAACAUUAAAAUUGCACAGCUCCUAGUCAACAUCCAAGGACAGACAUUUGCCCUUGUGCCUCAGAUAGUUCAGUCGUCCAAUUUGAACUUGUCCUCUAAAUUUGUCCGCAUUGCUCCCGUCCCCAUCGCCGCCAAGCCAAUUGGGCCAGGAGGCAUGAUCCAGGGUCAGACGGGAAUCAUCAUGGGUCAGAAAUUUCAAAAGAACCCUGCAGCAGAACUCAUUAAAAUGCACAAAUGUUCUUUUCCUGGUUGUACCAAGAUGUACACGAAAAGCAGCCAUUUGAAAGCCCACCUGAGGAGGCAUACAGGAGAAAAGCCUUUUGCAUGCACGUGGCCGGGUUGCGGAUGGAGGUUCUCCAGGUCAGAUGAGCUGUCCCGGCACAGGCGGUCCCACUCGGGGGUGAAACCCUAUCAGUGUCCCGUCUGCGAGAAGAAGUUUGCUCGAAGCGACCACUUGUCCAAACAUGUCAAGGUGCAUCGGUUCCCACGAAGCAACCGCUCCGUCCGCUCCGUGAACUGA